GUGUUUAUUGUAACAAACAUUGGGAAUCAUGUCGUCAAAAUCAAUAACAUCCCUUGUGAGCGCAUUCAAGACAUUGCAGCCUUUCCCCUUGGCUCGCCAACAUGCACCUACUAUGGUGGCAGCAUGCAAACUUCAUACAAGCUCAAAGCGACUAGCUGAUUUACCACCAAGUGACCGACCAACUAUUGGCGCCUCAUCUAUUUUCGAGAACUUGGAAGCAGAUAAGAAAGCUACAGAGCAAGUCACCGAACAAGCUAUACCUCAUGAAGAAAAAGAAUAUCGAUGGGCAUCUGCCAAUUUUAAAACUAGUCCUCAAAAGCUCAACAAAAUUGCACGACAGCUUCGAAAUCUUAAGGUGGAAGAUGCUAUAAAGCAAAUGGAGUUUUCUCACAAACGUAUAUCAAAUAAGGUUCUCCACAACCUCGCAUUUGCCAACAAGAAUGCCAAGGAACAAAAAGGCUUUGAAAACUUAGUUGUGUCCCAAGCCUGGGUAGGCAAGGGGCGAUAUAUCAAGCGCAUUAAGCCUCAUGGGCGCGGACGCUGGGGUAUUAUGCAUCAUAAGGAGGCACACAUUAAAUUUAUUCUGAAAGAAGCUCCAUCCCAAGAAACCUCUAAAGAACAAAAGCGCAAUAUUCGUGGAUGGCACGACAACAAAAAGGUGUGGACCUCCAUGGUAGAGAAUAAGCCUAUUUACAACGGCAAAGGAUUUUACAACUGGUAGAAACUGCGGCCCAUUCCAAUGUAAUAAAAAUAGAGACACAAUUUUUCACAGUAGAGCAUUAACAGCUGCACGGAAGGAAACAUGUAUGAUUCAUUUGGAUCCAAAGCGGAUGACACUUGUUUGGUUUGCUGUUGGCCGUGAGAUCCGAUUGGACGGAUUUUUUUUUUCUUGCCUGCCUUGGUAUCAACGGCCCGCCCGGCUCAAUUCGGCCCUACUAUUCCGCCCCCAAUCGAGCCAAAAAUCAUUAUAUAAAAAAAUGCCUUAUUUCAAUUUUCAAAACGUGGUUCU